AUGUCCACAAGUCCCAACUAUAACCGGGUGCCUAACCAAGAACCUGGUUCUCUUGAAAAGAACAGUUUUGGAAUGUCAACGCCCAUUAUCAAUCCUCACAACCAAUUCCCAGAUAGGGUGCUUCAAAGCUCAAAUAUUGAAGGAAAUAACAAUUUAUUAAACUACAAUUUUGCAUUCCACUCCAAUCUCCAUGGCCAUAAGAGACCUUUCUCAGAUGCACAAGAUAGUCCGCACAAUGCAAAACGUCGAUUGGUUGAAAACUUGAACGAAUUGACUUUGGGAAGAGCAAACAUGAGGGGGAAGACAUCCGGUAUAUUUGGGAACAUAUCUAAGGAACAAUUGAAAAGACCUCUGACAGAUCCUAAUAAAGUUAUAAUACAAAAUAUAGACCAAUUUUUGCAAGAGAAUCCCGAACAGUUGGAUAUUAUAGGAAGAAGCUUACAAUUAGAUGACCUAAAGAAGGCUGGAUUGGAUGGGCUUGUGGUGGCAUGUGGAUUGGAUUUGAAGAAAGUGUGGACCAGCAUUGUAGAUCGAUACAAGAACGGGGGGUCGUCCAACAAAGGCGUUGAUGACUUAAUCCACAAAAUGAUAUGGGAUGAGUACUUGGCCAAGUAUUUCUCCGUCAUCAAACACUAUGAUCCCUUUAAAGUAAUGUGGAAGAGCUACGUCCAAUGGUUAUCCAAAAAAAAUAAAUUGAAUUACAGAAGUCAUAGAAUCACUGAACUUGAUGGUGAUGGCGAUGCGAUGAUGAUGGAAGAGGUAAACCAACCAGAUGAACAACAAAAGGAACAAGUUCUAGUUGAAGAUGAUUUGGAAUUCCAUGAUGACGAAGAUGUCCAAAACGAAAUGGCUAGAUUGGCAUAUAGGGAGCAGCGCCUGAGAGAUGGUAUGAGCAACUAUGGAUCAUACUAUACCCAUGAAGAUGCUGGCCACAAUCUCUGGGAGACUAGCCACAAUCAGCAUCAUGUCGAAGCGUAUGCUCAGGAUGACGAUGUGGUGAUGGACGACUAG